GGCCAUCUUCGGUAUUACGGAUUGAGGCUAUCUCCGUCAUAGGGAAUAAAUGUUAAAUUGGUUUGACUUCGGUGAAAGUCUAAAUUGGUUUGACCGGUGGUCAAAGAGUUAAAUGGAAACCCGUAACACCUAAAUCGUUUUGAAAAGAAAGAAAAUAAGUUGACUGUUGGUCAACCGUCUAAAGAACCGAAUGUAAAGUUGAAUUGAUUUUUAUUAAAAGGAUAAACAUAUGCACGAUCUUAAUUGUUGAAUUAUUAUGUUUAUUCUUGUGCUACAAUGGAGUACCACUCAGCGUCAAUGCUGAGCGGAUAGCGUUGUUUUCCUUUUUGCUAUCCGUAGGUGAUCAGACAGAUGAACCUAGAGCCGAUCCCAGAAGGCAUUGAGGAGGAGAUGUAUGAUGGCGUGGCUGUCUCUUUAAUCUGCUGAUAUGCUUUAUUUAAUUAACUUUAAUGCUUAUUACGUUUUCGGGCAAGAUCCCAAGUUGUUUGACUUUAAAAAGGCUUCCGCAUUAUUUUAAAUUACUCCGAUGAAUUUUUAUAUGUAUUGAUAGAACGUUUGUUUAAAAUUGUUUUGAAAAUGUCGCAAAUUCGGAUACCAAUUCAGUGACACACCGGUCCGCUGUCUCACGGGUUUGGGUCAUGCGGGUUGGGGUGUUACAGACAGCGUCGUCCGCCUUCCCACCUUAGUGAUUAUAUCGUCAAUUCUAUUCAAUCUCAUGUCUCGUUGUGUUCAUCUCCUCCACGGUCUUUAUCUUCAGCUUGCUGAUCCAUUAAUUACAGUGGUUUUAAUUAUUUCUGCUAUGGCUUCUCCCUUUGUGUCCCGGCUCGUCCUUUCCUUGAGCUUCUUAGCUCUCUUCUUAGCUGCCUACUCCGUUUACCACAACGCCGCCGUGGAUCAAGGCCACCGCCGCCCCCUCAUUAAGGCGGCGAUCCCCAGUUUGCUGGACGGCGCAGCGAUUGAGUCGGCCGCCGACUUGCUGUCCUACCUCGGCCUCGGGAGAUCCUCCGGCAGACUUUCCGACCAAGCGUGCGUGUUCUCCGCCGUGAAGGAAGUCGUGGACGCCGCCAUCAACAACGAGACUCGGAUGGGCGCCUCCCUCAUCCGCCUCCACUUCCACGACUGCUUUGUUGACGGUUGUGACGGUGGAAUCCUCCUUAACGACACAGCCAACUUCACCGGGGAACAAGGUGCGGCCCCGAAUAGCGACUCCGUGAGAGGGUUUAACGUCAUAGAACUAGCAAAGCAGAACGCCAAAACCAAAUGCUCCGAUACCCCUGUCUCCUGUGCUGAUGUCUUGGCCAUCGCUGCCCGUGAUUCUUUCGCCAAGUUCACAGGUCAAACGUACAACGUGACGAUAGGCGCCAGACGCGACGCAAGAACCGCAAACCUCACCGGAGCCAACACCCAACUUCCUGCUCCGUUCGACAGCCUCCUCGUCCAAACCCAGAAGUUUGCCGACAAGGGGUUCACCCAGAGGGAGAUGGUUGUUCUGGCAGGAGCGCACACGGUGGGAUUUUCCCGCUGUGCGAUCGUGUGCCAGAACAACAGCAUCAACCCCAACAGAACCGCCACCCUGCAAUGCAACUGCUCUGCCCCGACCAUCACCGGUCUGGUUGGACUCGACCCCACUCCCGCCGCUUUCGACAAUAGGUAUUUCCAGCAACUGGUCAACGGUCAAGGCCUUCUGUUCUCAGACGCCGAGCUCAUGACGAAUGGCACCACCGCCGCUGCCGCGAGGAGGUACUUGAAUACAACCAGUGCUUUCCUUUCCGACUUCGCCGCUGCCAUGGUGAAAAUGAGCAAUUUGCCACCUUCGAAUGGAGUUCGGCUCGAAAUUCGUGACGUGUGCAGCCGUGUCAACGUCAAUCGUUCUGUUGAGUCUAUGUGAACACGUUACUACGUAUCAAGGCUUUAGCAUCACUUAUUAUAUCGGCAUCGGUAUUUUUAUCGAAGCAAAUACUAGCGAUGCAAUUGCUCCCGUGUAAUUGUGUCAGUUGUAAAAUAAGCGAUGCAAUAGACCUUUUUAAAUAAGUUUAUUAAAAAAAUUUAAGAGUUCUAGACUUUUAUGUAAUUGUAUUUCAUAAUUUUCAAUAAAUAUUGGUUGCACACCUAAUAUUGAAUCAAAUGCAUUUCACUUU